AUGGAGCAAAUGUCGGACAAAUUUCGGUGGGAGGUGAAAGAGGUCAAGCGGAUACGAAACGAGGUUCGCCGACGCCAAAGACGAAUAGCUCAGGCGAACCUACGCGCUUGCUGCGCCAUCAUGAUUCAGGCCACGUGGAGAAGAUAUCAGGCAAAGCUGCUGGCAUGGGCCCGGCGGGGCUCGAAGCUCGGUCAGAUACUGAUGCGCUGGUGGCGACGCUUCAAAGUACGUCAAAGCUUAAAGAUAGUGAAGCGGUUCGUCAGCAACAACGUCCAACGUCACAGACGACUAAAGUACGAAAAACAGAUAUCGUCAACGAGGGUUCAGAGGGCAUGGAGACGGUGGAUGUUGCGCAUGAGCUUGAGCCGGAUGGUGUUAGCCACGGCUGCAACCGAGGAGGUGAUUCAAAACGUGCUGGUGGAACUAGCCCGGCAGGUGUACAUCGAAAUCAAAGGCGCGGUCAUUGCGCGGGCGUGGAAGCAAUCCCGAAGAAGAUUCGGCAACAAGAGCCGCAAGGGCAAGAACGGGCGGGUUUUCGUAACUCAAGGCGGCGGCUCGUCCCCGCGACGAAAGCCCGCCAGGGCGGGGGGCUCGCGAACUGGGGUAACGUCGGACCCUUCCUCUGCUUACCCCCCCCGGCGUUCCCCAUCCGCCGUACCCGGUAACCGGGGCGAGAACAGGGGCAAGAGCGGCCCGGCGGUUGCCUACCCCCCUCCCGCUUUCCUCGGCGUCGUUGCCGCCGCCACGACAAGAACGGCCACGUCCGCGGGCGCGGCAGCGGUUGCUACUGGUGGCGCCGGUGGCGACACGAACGAGGAGCGUCGGGGGUCGUCGCAGAGUGAUAACCCAUCACCGUCGUCACGCCAAAAGACGGUUUCGUCCUCCGAGGACGGCAGCAGCACGCUUAACCCGCACCCGCGCUCUCGACGGGCGCGGUCUUCUGCCUCGACGACGACGGAAGAAGAGGCGUUACGCGGCGGGGAUGCCGGGGACUCAAAGGUGCCGGACUCAUCGAGCGCUUACCGGCCACCUUUUGAAGCCGUUCCGGUAGUCGAGAGCCCGAUGAGCGAGAUGAGCUGUAGUAGCAGCUACGGUGUCGGUGACGGCGGCAGAGACGUUUUUGGACGCGCCGAAGACGAUGCUACUACGGGUGCGGUGGAGGGCAGAGUGGAAGACGGGGGAACAACGCUGAACGAGAAGGCACAAGAGCCAGCUAAUGCCAGUUCUACUGUGGCUGCUGCGGCCGUGGCGGUGGCGGCGUCUUCGGGGAAAUUGGUGAAACAACCCAGGCGGCCGAGCGGUGAAAAACCAAGCAAACUGUCGGAGGGUCGUCGCAGCUAUAGCAGACCACACGCAAUCCAGGUCGGAGGUCGAAGCAGACUUCACAGCAGUGGUACCGACGGUAGUGGCAGGACCGCAGCGGCAACAAAGGAAGUGGUGGCAUCUGCGGUUGCUGCGAGUAGUGCCGAGAGUAACAACCGUGACCCUCUGCCAGCUAGAAAAGAAUCAACGGCGGUGGGGUGUUGCGUGACCGUUGCUCCAGGCGCUGCGGGGGCCGUAGACACCGAGACACGCCCAGCAGUUGCUGCCCUCGGUAAAGGCGAGGUGAACGUUGAGGAGGGGGUUCGACUUGGACGGGACGAUGAUGGCGACGAUGAUGAUGAUGGUCGUGACAACGAUGAUGAUGAUGAUGAUGAUGGCGAUGCGAACAAGAUCUCGGCGGCGGUCGGACCGGACGAGUUAGUAGAGGGCUCUAAACAAUCGAAGUUGGAAGAGUAUGGUAGCGAUGUGUUCGAAAGUGACGGCGAGCUUUCGUUGACACGCUGACUGAGAUGAGCAUAAGUUGAUCGUUCGAUUGGCAGCCUUGGUUUUGAUGUGCCCCUCGAUACUAUUUCGCCACGAUAAAGAGCGGAUGGAUUCGGUGUGACAUGCACACAACAAGCAUGACUGUUUUUGGAGGCAGAGAUUACUGCGCCUUCUCUGAAUCUUCCGGGGGGGGAUGUUGCCCAAGAGCCUGAUGACUUUGGGUGGUUGUUGUACAAUAAUAGCAUACACUGAAGAAGUGUAGUACACGUCUUACCACGAAAAAUGGGGGGACUGUCGUCAUUAAAUAAGACGAAAACACAUACACGUAUGCUCAUAACAAAUAACACACACGUAAAUAAUUCAACGAACGGUUGUGUUGGAGAAGGCACAAAUCGACUUCUCGUAGCCAUCGCCAACCGCUUGGCAUUUGAAGCCUUUUGCAAGGGUAUUUCGACGACGAAACAGCCUUGCUUCACCUAAAGGCUUUUCAUACGAAUAGGAUUCGGAGACAAUUUACCUUCGAGCUGGCUCUUUUUCUAUCCGUACGAACUCUGUGAUGUUUUCAAACGUCAUGGACUACUUCUUGAUCAGUUCCCACGACGGCCAAUAAGCUGGGAUCACGGUAGUAGACUAGUGCGGAUGCAACGACCAAGUGGCAAUGAGGAGAAUUCGUUUGGCAGCGAUGAAGGAGGAGGAGAGGGAUCGGGAGGAGGAUAAGACAGAGACCAAAGCAGCAGUCGAGGAGGGAAUAAUGGCGUGGAAGAGAGCAAGAGCUUCGAGCCAGACAACCUUCCCCACCUCAAAGGACUCGUCGGGCUACAGAUACAGAAGCAGAAAUGUCGAGAAGUUGCUGUGAAACUAACAUGAGAACGAACGAUGGAGUUGGAAGGAAGGAGCAUGACGGUGAAAGCACUCCAAAACAAACUCGAGUGCAAGGUAGCAGCCUUAGUAGACGUGUGCAGUUUUCUUCUGUUGCUACCGUUUCUGUCUUUGAUCCGGAGAAGAGGUUAGUCUCCCCCAUGCCGCAUUUAUUAAAAGUGUUUGGUGUUUUCAACUCCACUGAGACGGACGUCUUUUCAUCGGUCAGCCGGUUAACGCGGGCGAUGCUUAUACUAAAACACACACACACACAUUGCAUCAGUGGCUUCCUAGGUUCAAGCGAGGGCAUGUGUGGAGCUAUGGCCGUGUAUGUGUUGCUAUUUUGUUUGAGUCAUCUAGCUGCUGACACGAUGACUGUUGGAUCUUGGGAGUGUACGAUCAUCAAAUUGGGAGAUGCAGCAUACCACGAUAUCCUGGCUUCGGCUGGGCUUGAAAUAACCCGUUUGCUGUCCUCCGCUCUUUGCAUCAGUGGCUUCCUAGGUUCAAGCGAGGUCAUGUGUGUAGCUGAGAUGUGUGUCUUCGUGAAAGAACAUGUAGAGAGAGUCGUAUUGGCAUUCGCAUCAAGCGCAUUGCGCAUUUUUCGAAAUUUGCCCCCUUCCAGGGACCUUGAUUUUUACCCACUGGCACUGACGUCUUUUGAUUGGUCAGCCGGUUAGAUC